UUCCCCCCUUCAAAUCGGCAGCUACCAAGUAUGGAAGAUUAUGAAAGAAUCAAAUCCGAAAUUUCGCAAUAUUCUCGGUAAAUUGAAUGUAUCAUCGGAUGCAAGAUUCAGAAGAUUUUAAAACCCUCGUCCUCACUCCUCAGCCUAAAACCCUCGUCCUCGCUCCUCAGCCUCCGAUCAUGUCGCGUCGUAGUCCUCCGCCGAUCGUCUGUUUCCAAGGAAACGUCAUAAUCGACGAGGAUUUUGAUCGGUCGAUCGUCGGUGUGGAAGGACCGAUCACGUUUAGCAUGAGGAGGAGGAUUUCUGUCGAUUCCGCAGGACCGAGCACGGCUUUGUUGAGUCAACAGUUCAAGCUCCUCAUCGUCGGCGACGGAGGCACUGGCCAUGGCAUGACUACUUUCGUGGAGUCUAAGAAGAAAUAUGGGCCGACCAUUGGCGUUGAGGUUUAUCCGUUGGAUUUCGUCACGAACUUGGGCAAAAUUACAUUUAAUUGUUGGGAUACUGCCGGCCAGGAGAAUUACGGUGGUGGUCUGAGAGAUGACUACUACAAUGGUGGUCAAUGCGCCAUAAUUAUGUUUGACAUUACUGCCAUGUCGACCUACCAGAAUGUCCGUACAUGGCUUGGCCAUCUCGCAGGUUCUGUAAGGACAUACCCAUUGUUCUAUGUGGAAAGAAGGUGGAUGAGAAGAAUAGGCAAGUUAAGGCAAAGGAGUUUAUAUCCCACUUGGAGGAGAAUCUCCCAUAUUAUGAGAUAUCUGCUGCCCAAAACGACUACAAUUUGGAUGAGCCUUUUCUCUAUCUCGCCAGAACCCUCACUCGGGACCCUAACCUUCACUUUGUGGAGUGUCCUGCCCUUGCUCCUCGGGAAGUACACAUUGACUUGGCUGCCCAGCAACAGCAUGAGGCGGAGCUUGCUUUUGCUGCUGGUCAGCCAUUUUUUGAUGACGAUGAUGCAGUUUUGAUUUCUUUUCCGUAGGCACGUUUUUCUUGUUGGAGAGGAUUUAAUAUUUUACACGUUUGAGCUCCAAUGUGACUGUUCUGUAGUCAUUUUGAAUUGAAGUAUGUGGUGAUCCAUCUCAUUUGAAUGGUCUAUGUUCAAUCACGAGUGUGUUAAAGUGAUCUUAUCGUGCCCCUUUGAUCUUUGCCCA